AUGAGAGUGAUUGAGAGGGACACCGACAGAAAGGCCCAAGUCAACAUUUUUGUCAAGGGUCAAGUUCAGGCGCUUGAAGAAUACGGAGAGUAUGUGGACCCAAAGGACAACGCGAUUUGCUGCUAUGUACCCAUCGAUGAGGGCCACCAGCCUAAAGUGGGCGGCAGGUUCUCCGGCAAGACUCUGGCUGUAGCCUACGACACGUUCGUGGACGGCAUACUCCGUAAAGCCGGCUCGCAUGUGGCUAAGUCAGUGAUCCUACACAACCGGAAACUGGACACCGAAACCUUUCUAUGCAAGACCAGCAAAGGCAUCAUCGAUACUGACAUUACUGUGACUCCACUCGAGCACGCUGUUACGAUUCAAAACGACGCCCCAGAGACCAUCGGGACCAUUGAGCUGCGACUGUACAUCACCCGCCAACUGGGAGACUGGCACGAAAUUGGCAAAGUAAAGAAGUACUACGCCCAUGAAAGUGAUAUGAAAGACAAGGAUACGGGCGGCAUCGAGCAGAAAGUAGGCUACAACCGCAUAGCUCCCAUUUUCAGGAUGUCCUUCGAAAAGGACACUACUCCACUGGAGGAUAAUCAACCGAAAAUAUACCAGCGUAGGGCGGAUGCGAAACGCCCAGGUACAGAGCCGUGGGCUAUAUUUCGCUUCCACUAUCGAACUGAAGCUGAAAUUCGAGAGGAGAAAAUGUCAAUGAGUUUUGACCCUGACGACAAAGAUAUAGGCGAAGCACAUACUCUAGUGCUGGAACCUCUUCCUCCUCUUACCAUAGGCGCAAAGCCCUUAUCGAAGAAUGACGGGGACGUCUCAUCACGAUCAGAAUCGCCGAUGCUUCCCAAUACGCCAGCAAAAAGCGCACAGCCGAUACCAAAGAUAUCCUCCCCCAUCAAGAAACCUGGACCUCCACCAAAUCCCUCUGAAGCUACCACGAUGUCAUCCCCUAAAGAUCAAGCACAGGCUGCAACCCCCGAAGCGCCUUCUGUACCGACGGCCGAUAUGACUGCGAAAGUACCCUGCCUUCCAGAAUCAAGCACCAAGCCCGCAAAUGCGCUCGCAGAAAAAUCUGUAGCCGUAGCCAAGGCGACUACAAAGAAGCCUCCUCCGUCGCCACUUGCCCCAGAAAAGAAGCCUCUGCAAACGUCCAUCACUCCAGCAAAGGAGGAGGCCGCGAAAUCAGCACCUGUCACUACCAACACUGCCAACGGUCAGAAGAAGUCAGAUACGCCCCCCGUGGCAGUCGUACCAAGCAAACGUUCAUCUACCACCACCAACGGUAUGACACCGGAGCCAAAGCGUGCGAAGUCCGUACCUACGCCCGUGCCGACGUCUUUGCCACCCUCUACCUUGCCUACAGCUCCGCGCUCAUCAACACCCAAGACGCUUUCCAUCGAGCGCCAGCUGGCAGAUCAGCGCAAGAAGCUCGAGGACAUGCGCAGGAGGCGUGCGGAGACCGCUAAGAAGCAGGCAGACAUCGAUACGCAGAUGGGACCUUACAAGCAGCGUAUGGCGGAGGAGCUGGAUCGUCUCAACCGAGAGAUGAUAGAAGAAGAGAGCGCGUAUACUGAGGAGGCAGAGCACUACAGUGCCAGCGUCGAGGUCCUGGAGGAGUUCAAAAAGGCUGACGCUAGUACUUAG